AUGACCAAAACGCGCAACUUUCUGCUCGAAAACCGAAUGAUGGUCAGCCAGGGCUCGCCAAGCUAUCAAAAGCCCACGCUUGCCUCAAGGGCCAGAUGCUGCGGAUCAGUUAAGCUACCAUUGGCAAAACCUCAGCGACGUGCAGGUAGACCCGCACAAACUAUUUCCAAUCAGCAAGAGCUAUCCGAGAAACAGAUCCAAACGGAGGACAUCAGCGACGAACGGUUUCUCAGUGCCGCCCUGCUAAAAUGUACGGACAAAAGCCAAUCGCAGUUUCAAUCCCGCAGCGAGGGUGAUGAUCCCUUAAACGGUAGGGGAGAACUGUUCUCCGGCGAAGGUUUGCAGCUGCGUUGCACGGCGUCCAACUUUGAGCUGGGCACAGUGCCGAAACAACGCAUUGGCUAUCAACCGGGGCAGUACACACUGCACCGGCCGCUAGCCAACGUGUUCGGCAUUUUGCCUGGCGGUUUAUGUUUCUUGGACAACUGUUGCUCAUCUAUCGUAAAGCAGGAUGAUAAUGUAUCUAUGAGUUCCCAUUCCUCUACGGCGAGUUCUCCUAGGGUCCGCCAAAUGGACAUUCCCGAGGUUGUCGAUGUGGACCCAGAGGAUGUGUUAAGCGUGAAAUCGCAGGCAUCCCUUAAAAAGGAGGCCCAACCACAAGAAGAGUCUGAACCACAAGAUCAAGUGAAUCUUCAGCCAGCGUCACCUAAAGAGCAGGAAACCCAGCCUAUUCUGAUAUCCAGCGAACAACGUAGGGCUCUCUUGGAUGCUGCCCGUGAACGGCAAAGCCAAUUGAUUGCCCAAUACAACCGGUUGCCCCUUUCCAUGGGCACGUUGCGAGUGCGUAACCUCAAGAGGCAACUGGAACAGCAAUUGGACUUAGUGGACCAUGAUCUGAGCAUGCUUUCACAGGCUAAGGUGUACUUAAAACAGGAGUCUAACUGUGGAACAGUUGCAUAUGAAAAAUUAUACAAAAAUGUUUAAAUAAAAGUAGCUUAAACACAGA